AGUGAAAAAGGCUUGGAGGCCAUGAAGCGGGUGCAGCAGAUCCGGCAGCGCCGCGAGUACCAGCACAUCCGCAGCCGACAGAAGAGCGCCGAGAAAAUGGAGCGCGACAAGGAGCGGCGCGAGGUGGCGCGCGACAUGGCUCUCAUCCGCUCACCGGCGGCCGGGCUGCGGCGCGCGCGCGUCACUGUGCAGCAGCAGAGCGACCAGCACAUGGAGGAGGCCGAGCCCGACCGGCGCCGCCGUCUGGCCGACCGCGAACCCGAACCGGCCCAGAGCAGCCAGCACGAGCGCAUGGUGGCGGAGGCGGUGUGACCUCUGGCGCGCACCGACCAGCCGUGUGCGCCGGCGCUGGCCCAGUGGGCUCGCAGAUCAGAUACUAUCAACUUUUCGUGACAAAUACAAAAUCCAGCGGAAAAA